ACCCACAACCACACACACCAAACCGCGCGCAUUUCAAACCCGGGGAGGGGCAAGCAGCACCCUCUUGAUUUGCCUCCAAAAACACUAGCCUCCUGCCUCUGAGCACAAUGCUCACCACUGCACAAAGCAGGCAGCACCAUGCAUUCGAGAAGAACCCUGGCCACAUGAAGAACAUGGACAGGAAGCUGCAGCAGGCCAUGAGCCAUGCAGGCAGCAAGUACAUGCAGAGGAUCUACCCUCUGGGCAGCAUCCAGAGGAGCAGCUCCAACCUCACAUUGUCGUCCCUCUCCCUGUCGCAGAACUCCAAUGACUCCUCGCUCAGCAGCUCGAACACCAGCUGGGAGCCCAAGGUGCCGCUGCUCUAUGGCGGCACGUUCAGCCCCUGGGGUGAUGUGCUGGUGUCUCUGGAGAGGAGGACGGAGGAUGACAAGGUUAGUGACCAUGAUGUUGAAGGAGGGGAGGAGUUUGAUUGCAGUGAGCCAGGGAGCUUGCAUAGGUGCAGCUGGAUCACCAAGAACAGUGAUGAGGCAUAUGUUCAGUUCCACGACGAGUUCUGGGGCGUCCCUGUGUACAACGACAACCGCCUCUUCGAGCUGCUGGCGCUGUCAGGGAUGCUCAUAGACCACAGCUGGACGGAGAUACUCAAGAGGAGAGACAUGUACAGGGAGGUGUUCGCCGACUUCGAUGCCGGCGCGGUGGCGAAGAUGGAUGAGACCGACAUCGCCGAGAUAAGCGGCAACAAGGAGCUCAAGCUGGUGGAGUGCAGGGUGCGCUGCAUCCUUGAGAACGCCAAGUGCAUUCAGAAGGUGGCAAAGGAGUUUGGGUCGUUCAGCGGGUACAUGUGGGGGCACGUGAACCACCGGCCGCUGGUGGGCAAGUACAAGCACCACAAGUGCAUCCCGUUCCGGACGCCCAAGUCGGAGGCGGUGAGCAAGGACCUCGUCCGGCGAGGGUUCCGCCUCGUCGGCCCCGUCAUCGUCUACUCCUUCAUGCAGGCCGCCGGCAUGGUCAUCGACCACCUCGUCGACUGCUUCCGGUUCCCCGAGUGCGUCCGCCUCGCCGAGCGCUCAUGGGGCAUCACCAACGUCGCCGCGUAGCAGCCGGCCGGUCGAUGGCUUACUUGCUCGGCGUUGCAAAAUUUGUACACAUCUUUUGUUAUUUUGAUCUUCCUGUUUGGAUUUGGUAACGCUUGAAUUGUGCACUGUGUGAGAUGUAGAGUACUGCUAAGUUAUGAUGCAAUGGUUUUCUCUUCUCUUCCCACUUGAAAAGUAGCGAAAAAAUUGAUUGUAUGUCUUAAAGUUAAUCAACUUUUGAUAAUAUAUCUGAAGUUAAUUAUUAUUUUAUCA